AUGCUUACAGCAAAUUUAAUCGUUGUGAUAACCUUGGCCACUUUGGCCCUUUAUUCUACAAAUAUCGUGACUUCUGCCGUGAGUGACUCUGAAUGCGUUGGUGUGCCACAAAUCUGCUCUGACAUACUGUGGAAUGUUACAGCAAAUGCCACAUUGGCCGGACGAGACGAUACAUUUCAACAAAUCAAUUCAACUCUAAAAGCUAUCAGAGAAGCAAAUGUACAGAAAGAAUGUUUGUCAGCAAUACAAAGGCUAAUGUGUAUUAACGCAACUCGUGAUUGUAAUAAUAACACAAAUUCGUCGACGUCGUUAAUACAGCAAUCGUGUAUGGUGGUAGACCAAAAUUGUACACAGUCAGAGGUUGUAGCAAGGACGUAUAGUAGCCGCUUUUGUCCACAAAAUAACAGUUCUAUGAGCAACAACUCUGAAUGUUUGAAAGUAACUCUCGCUAACACUGGGUAUUGUCCAUAUAACGACACAUACAAGGUAUUGAAUGGUUAGGUGAUUUAUUAUAAAUAUGACAUUGUACUUCCCUUCUCAUUAAUUUAUAAUCGUAUUGCUGCAUGUUAUGGUCCGCAGAGAAGAGUUAUUUCUGUUGCAUCAUAUAUGCACACGUCAAAAUAUUUGAAGACACUAUAUAAUUGUAUAUAUAGCUAAUUGCUAGAAAUAACAUAUAAAGUCGGGUUGUAUCUGUCUGGGGUGAUGUUUAUUAUGAGUUAUGACACUGAGAUACAUGCAGUAAUUAAGACUAGCUACAUUUUGCAGGUCGACAUACCAUUGGUUAUGUCUUGUCCAGAAAUCUGUUCAAAUAAUUAUACCGAACAAAAGCCAUCGGUCAACUAGAACUGACGCGAUUUACUUGUUAAGAAUGAAAGCAGCUUGAGUUCAACAAUAUAUACAAAUAAUAUACAUUAAACUAUUACUGUAUUUCAAUAUUAGUGGUAAACUAUUUCUCUAUUUCAAUUCCUUCUUAUCUAUAACGCUCGUAUUCUAGCUAUAGCCUAUAGGUGUACUGAAUUGUCAUGGUACCAUAUUUUUUUUUCGGAAAAUACAACUAAUUAACAAUUAGCCGUCGAAGCGAGAUGAUUACAAGCUGAUAUUCCCUGAGGCCGAAGGCGAAGUGUAUAUAGGCUUGUAAUCACCAACCUGAGGCGAUUGUUUUAGCAUAAUGUCAGUAUUGAUAAAGUUUUAUUUAUAAAUACAACUAAUACACGUGUUCAUUUUAUGAAUAUAAUUUGCAUAAAUACUUUAUUCUGAUUUUCAGCCAUUUUUUGGUAAAAGCAAUAGUCGCUGCUCAGAGCAGUUCUGAGCCGAGUAACUAUUGCCUCAUAGACAUGCAGUAGUUACUGCUGAGCGAGCCAAUCAGAAUGCUCAAAGGCCAUUUUUCAAUAAUGAAAUUAUACAUGCUUUAAACUUCUAUAUUUGCUUACUAUAUAUUGGCACUGUACUGAUACUUACACUGCCAUGCACUGGCAUGCACAGACCGUUCAAGAUUAUAUCACUUUUGGAAAAUACAUUGCAAUCAGUGAUUUCAAUUUUUUAAACAUAUUGCCUAUUCAGGCCUAUCCAAAUCAUGUUGAGUUCAAUCACAUUUCUCUUAUCAGCUGUUCUAAUACUUUUCUAUUUCAUUUAGAUUGCAGCAGAAAACAUAAGAGAAUUUCUGAGAAAAGCGAGCGUGGAAAGUGAUAAACUUCGAGCUGCUGCACCAAUCGCAAAUAUUCCAAACGGCACAUGCUUGACAGAAUACAAGAGGAUUAAAUGCAAAACGUUUGUAUCAACAUGCUCAGGAUCCAGUAAUAUUACUAAAGAAAGUUGUGAACAGAAACUGCAGUGGUAGGAAUAUUAAUUAUGAUUAUACUUUAACUCCCGUCUACAUUUGCAAUUUUUGCUGCAGCUUUCCUCUUCUGAUGGAUGUAAACGAGCGGAUGGGUUACGAAAGUUCUUAUAAUAUGUACCCUCAUCUGGACAUUCAUAACUCACCCACUCGUUCACAUUCAUCACAAAAUCGCACCUAAAAUCGGGCCUUUAUAGAUGCAUUCUUAGUCAGAUAAUCAUUUGGGCGGGAAACAUGUAGGUACUUAUUAAUCUGUUGAUUGACAAAUGUUUGGGCCAUCAAAAGAGUUUUGCAUGCAAGUAAAAAGUAAAGAUUCCACACAGAAGGAAAAAUAUCCAACUCUAACUUGCGUCACAGUCCUAAUUUAAAUGCAUUGCAUUCCACCCUAGCUGCAUUGCGUAUAAUUUCCAAUGAAGAGCGGUCAACAUUUCUUCCAAGAAACGGUUGGUUGGUUAAUUGACCAUUUAUGGUUAUAGCUAGAACGUUCCUUGCAUCCUUGAUAUAAUAUACCGUUGAGUGUUUACAGGAAUGGCGAAACGAACUGCUUCAGACGAGCAAGUUUUCUGUGACAAGCUUUUAUGUGACAAGUUUUAUUUGCUCGUCUGUACGCGCAACUUUGACAAUUUUUUCUAUGACAAGUUCACUUGUUCAAAAGCUAGCAUGCUAGAAAAAAUUGUCAAAGUUGCGCGUACAGACGAGCAAGUAGAACUUGUCAAGUACAAAAAGAAAACAUAGAAAACUUGUUCGUCUGUAACCGGCUUUAUUCAGAGUGCCGGUUGGAUUAUAAGUCCAUUGUCCUCAACAUGUGUUAUGCUCAGUUGAGCAAACUUAAAACCACAUCUUAGGUCUGCGGUUUCAAACGUCGCGUUUCUUAUAUGCUGAACGCAUUAGAAACGAUAGAUAAUGAGGCAUUUCAGCUGAUUAUCUAAGUGUUUUUAAUGCGUUCGGCACUGUGAAAAGCGCGAUGUUUGAAACAGACCUUGUGCUCUGUGCAAACAUCAACAAUUCUCGAGGCUUUAUUAUAGGAUUGCCUACUGCAGCCCUACAUUUUCCAACUAGUACACUUCGUAGAAUCAAUGUUAUUGACUCAAAUAUUCAGUCGAUUAUAGGAUUUGAUCGACGCGCUCCCGCCGCUAAGAAAGCAGUAAACUGAACAGUAUAAUAAUUAACGUUUGCAACCAGAAAUUAGCACAGGAUCGACCGUUCUUUAAUAGUUUGUGUGAUGUUUUAUUUCAGAUCAUCAUCAUGCAGUUUGAUUUUCAUAUAGUACAUUUUAUAUACUUUAUCGGGUUUUUCAGGUAUAUUAUUUUGUCGGCACCAACCUCGUACCCAGGGCUUUUUGCUUCCGCGGUUGGAUGGUCAGCGAAAAAGGUCCUGGCUUCGGCUGGUCUGUUUUGCAACCUGAUUGGUCAAUGAUUUUGAAUGUAAUUAUUCGAUAUAUGCGGGAAUAAUUAUUAUUUUGGUGGAACGAGAGUGGAGUGACAAAUUUAUAAUUAGUUCUUGAAGGACUAAAGCAUUGAGCAAAUAAGAUUUUUGAUAUUUCGCUUGAGAUACAGCAUGAAUUAGGGAAAGACAACACAAAACAAUUUGGUCCAAAUUAAGUCUUUGUAUAUUUUGUAUAAGACGAGUAUUUGCUUCGGUUCAACAUAUAUUUCUCACAUGCGUUGUUUACACAUCGUUGAUUUCAAGAAACGUACAGCGUUAUAGUCAAAUAAAGAUUGUGACACAAAUGUAUUUUGCUCAUAUUGAACACGAUUUAUAUAAACCAAACCUGGUUUUGUUGUUACUUAUUAAGCGGUUAUGUUUAAAAGUCAUCAAUAUUACGGGCUAUGUUGCUGAAUGAAGCGUGAACAAAGUCAACUAAUUUUGAACAACCGAAGAAAGUCAACUAAUUUUGUUGCUUUCUCUUUGAUUAUAUACGCAGCAUUGAGUUUGUUUACUCCUGUAGUAAUUCCAAUGUGUAUAAUUAUUCUAUAUACGUACUUAUACGCAUAAAUUAUCAUAAUUGAACACCCCAAAUACUGGAGAUUUUGAGAUCAUGUGACCGGCCGAUGCCAGGGCCAUUUUCGCUGAUCAGAAGCAAAAUGCCCUGGGUACGAGGUUGUGUCGGCACAUCCCCAGUGAGCGUGAAUUCUACACAUGCAUUCAAUGUUAAUUAGAGCAAAACGGCUUCGACGCAACUACCACUUCUUACCAUAGGCGGAUAACGGAACUGAAAAAAUUAGAGGUCGGACAAUAAAUUGCCCGACAUUGAUGAACAAUUGCCCGAUAAAUACAAGUUCGCCAUAACAUUCCCCAACGUUACAUAUCCCUUGAUUAAUUUGCCUGAAAUGUCAAACAGAAACAGAAAACAGAAUCUUGCCAAUUUUUAAGUGGAAUUGCCCGAUUAAGUAGAAUCCGUGCGACUAUAGAAAUAUAUUAUGGGGGGUUGGGGGGAGCUGCAUCCCCCCCAGCCCCUUUUCGUACGCCUAUGCCUCUUACGAACUGUUUCUCGCUCAGAACCCUGCAUAUUUCAUUAACUUUAAGACUUUAUGGGCAGGCAAUAUGUACGUACAAAGGUCAAUUUUAAUUUUAUUGUACCUUCGGACGGGAUGUUUAUGUAUUAGAAUGUAACUCACUAGCAAAUAUUUGCGCUGAAACGUUAAACGUUUGACAUGUUUAACAAGCUAUAUAGUUGCCUCUCGAAGUUUCUAGUACUCUGAAAUAACAAACCAAUCAACCUUUAGCACUUUCAUUUAUUAUUAAUAUGCUAGCAUUAAUUUUGUUGAUAAAGUGUAAACAAUGUACUGCCGUAUAUCCGUUGGUUUACGACAUAUAUAUUAAUUAGUCCUGCAAUUAAUUAAGAAAAGAUAAACCAAUAAUUAUUGUCUUGGUCUGGAUGAUUUAAGGAUUAACUAUCUACAAUAUUAUUCUUGGACUUAUUUACUUGAAGCGAGAUGAGCCUUACGUCACGUAAUUCCUUACUUAUAACGUCAUGAAAUAGUUGUUUUAAUUUAAAUUAAGCCUGGCGAUCAGGUCGCUUUCUGGUGGCGGAUUCGGAUAAGAUUCCCUAUAUAUAAUUACAUUUCCGCAGACAGGCAGAUAGUGAACGAAAUCAGGUAUAGAGUAUCAGGUCUUCUCAUAUAUUUGGUAUUUGGGCAUUACGGAGGCUGCACAGUAGCCAGAAUAGGGAGCCUUGUGGGUUCGGGGAGUCGUCGCUCCGGACUCCUGUGCCAAAGGGCCAAUCAAGCGGUUUACCCGCCUAUCCGAAAAUGUUGACAGAAUUGGUUGAGAUAAAUCCCGAACUUGAUAUAGUCGUGUUCCGCGUUGAUCGGAUAUGAGUCGUACGGUGGCAGCUAGAGGCGCCCUUAUUAAGCCGUAAUAGACUCGGUAUGCCCGAGCUGUGUCUUCGUCGCGUAUAAUUCAGGGUCAUAUCAGGGAAUGUUAAAGCUUGAGGAAGUAUUAUAAAAAGUACCACAUGAAAAUCAAAUUACCAUCUGAAACAAAAACAUAUUUAAUUGAUUAUUGGACUAAACCCAUCAGAUUGUUAAAGAUCGACUGCAUCCUGUGGUUUUCAGGUUUUAAUAUAGCGUAGUAUAUAUACUGUUUUACUGCUUUUGUAGCGCGAUAUGUACCUUUAAGGCUAAUUUCCUCUCCGGAAAAUAAGCAGCGGAUCAGACUGGAUCGCAACAGAACAAAAUCGGCGCAUGCGUCAUCAGUACAAAAAUGUUUGGUUCCGAUUGAUCCAGCGAAGUUGCUAGCCGGAUAACAAAAGUUAAUAUUUUCAACUUGUAUUGGUCCGGUCCCGCGGAUUAAACCUGGCGACCAAUCAAAAUGCCGUAUUAUCUCACAUAAAUUAAAAUAAUUAAUAAAACCUAUAUAAAAUUUACAAAAUGGAGGAUGUGAGACUGGAACGAGCUCCAAUUUUUCCUUUUCCGCGGAUCAUUCCACUUGUCCUUUUACUGGAAAUCGCUUGUUGGAUCGGAGCGGAUCGGAGAAACCUCUGAUCCGGUCCGUCCGCUACUUAUUUUCCGGAGUGGAAAUUAACUAGCCUUUAAUCGAUUGCCUGCAUGGAUCAAGAUCGUUGUUUUCAGAAAGGGUACCAGUAAGAAAAUGUAGGGUAUUAUAUCCUCAUAAAAGCCUUAACAAUCGUUGCAUGGUAGUUUCGCAGAGCGUAAGAUGUGGUUUUUGUCGAAUGAACAUAACAUAUACUACCUGGAGUAAUAAAUUCAAAGUCUGCUGUUUUGUCCAAUUCUGGAUAAAAUAUACAACUCAUUUUACCAUUCCCGCCUGUAAACUCGACGAUCGAGUCUUCAACGGUGUUGACAACCGCAAAAGACCAAUCAACUAAAAUACCCUCUUUUGGGAAAACCUUGACCACUCUGGGUUAUGUUAGAUGUAUUUUAGCAUUUGGACUUGGGCAAUGGUCACAGCAAUUUCCUUUCACCUCUGAAAUCGUGGGUUCGAUCCUUGAUCCGGACUUAAGACGUGAGAAGAGUCAGUCAACGCUAUACGGCAAGUCGUGGAUUUUUCCGGGUUCUCCGGUUUAAUUUCCUUCCACAUGGAAUAGUAUUGACAGAGUGGGAUGGAAGUGGCCCCUAAUUGACCAUUCCACAGUAGCCGUGUUCCGUAAUCAGAUUCCGUAAUCAACCAAUAAGGUAGUUGCCCGUGCACUACAUUAUACCGGAGAGCUUUCCGUAGCGGCGCAAAAAGGCAUGUACGUAUCCGAUACGGAAUGUACAACUUUCAGAAGCUGAGCGAAACAACAUUUCUCCAGCUCCGUUGCAAUAAUAGACAUCCCAAAAUAGCGUUGCAGGGUUCCUUAAAGGUACGAAUAGGUGAUUUCCACGUCGUUACCUACGAAAAGCUAUCCGGUAUAGUGUAAAUUACGUACCCUUAGACAGCUUUCCAUUCGAUCAAGUUAAUUGAGCUGCUUCUUUCGGCUUAGCUAUAGGAGCUCUAUCAUGCAAAAUUCCGCAAAAAUUAGUCAGUUUUAAGGGGACAUGCGCGUUAGCAAAUACAACAACAACAACAAAUAUCGAAGACCGAAUACGUCGCUUGCUUAAGUUCACUAAUACCUAAUCCACUUAUUUUGCCAUUUUUCAACAGUUUAUCAUCAAAUGUUUUCUUCAACAAGACAAGACUUUGUUCCAAUUUUCCAUCUAAACCUCUACGUAAGUUUAUACGUAUACAAUGCGCGCUGUGAUUAAAACGUAUAGAAUGAAUGUUUGUGCAUGAUUAUCAUAUUUUACUCACAUGUCUAUAUAGUUACUAUAUUCAGGUUCUACUUUACAGAUUGAAGCAUAGUAUGCAGGGUGUCCCAAAAAAAACCAAAACUAUUGAAAUAACCUAUAUAUUAAUGUUAGAAUUUGAAUGCCUCAGCACUCUGCUGAACACACAUUAAUUCACCUAUUCACCAAUAGCGACGCCAUCUUGAAUUUCGCGUUUAACGCAAUGCAUUAUGGGUGAUCCAGGGUAAUUGAGCGUUUUUGAAGGGCUGCAAAUCAAAUAUGUAGGCGAAAACACACGUUUUUAUAGUUGAAAAUAACAGACAAUUUUUAGAAGAACUAGGAAAACACACAAAAGCUGGGAAAAAUAAAAAAAUCAGGAUAAAAUCUAUAGUUUAAAUCUUUGUUAGGCCUAAAAAGGGAAAUAAUUUCAACAAAGUGCGCAUAAAAUUGAUUUACACUGCCUCAUUGUCCUCAAGAAAGUGUUUAUGAAAAAAAAUUAUCGUAUUGUGUCUCAAUACGACAUUAAAGGUUUUUGAAUUCGGAUUUUUACCCUGGAUAACCCAUAAUGCAUCAUGAUUCAAGAUGGCGUCGCUAUUGGUGAAUAAGUGAAUUAAAAUAUUCACAUAAGUAAAUUUUAUGCAUAAAGAAACUGUUUAAGAAGCAGCUUUUAAAUUCCGAUGAGCUGAAAAUCGUGCGCUUUACGGAUAUUUUAAAUUGAUUCUUAACAAGUCAAUAUUUAUAAUACAUGCACCUGCAUGUCAAUAUUUUACGCAUCUUAAUUUGCCUUCAGCUUAUAGUGCUACGGCAUUCAAAUUAUAACAAAACGUUAGUUAAUUAACGUUAUUUCAAUAGUUUUGGGUAUUUUGGGACACCCUAUGUAUACUUCAAUAGUAUCUAGGCAUAUAUGCGAGUUAUCUAAAGUUGUGAAAUGAGUAGCAACGAUGCUAACAAAUUUAGCUAUUUCCGUUAAGUUGUUCCCGAGCAAAGCGAAAAAGUCGAAUACGAGCGCGAAAAGCUGCUGGGAAUCGCUAAAAAAUUAGAGAAUUUUUGCUACUAACUUUUCGGUGAAUGUGAAAGUCGGAAUGACCUUGCAUGCGGGUUUUGGGUGAUGGAUAAGGAUGAGAACUGGGGUCAGGAUUAGGUUAAGAGUUAAAAAAAUCUUUACGUGCGCAUGCCAUGCUAAAUUGGCCCUCUUUUGGGAACUGAAAUUGAUGUCAUUCUAAUUCUACGAUUGAAAACAGCACUUCGAAAGAAUCAAAAUAGCCCCACAUAUAAUAGCCCAAAUAAAUGGCCCUUUAAUAAUAGUCCAAAUUGGCUCUAUUUUAAUGAGGCCAAAACAGCCCCAUUAAAAUGGGGCUGUCUCAGGGUCAAAAUUUCGGCCCCAUUUUUGGGGCCAAUGCAAAAUGGCCCUUCUGAAAUUAGGCUACUGUGUAUAUACAUAGACUGCGUAUGCAAAAAUCAGUUUUGCCUCCAUUGUCUUACUAACCAGAAUCGAUUGCAUUGUUUCGUACCUGAAUAUAAUUUAACUGGAAUGACUCCAUCUCUGAAAAGUGUGAAAGAUAAAAUAGAAUAAUAUUAAUUUAAUCGCAUUAAUUGUCGUGGCUAGCUAUUUUUGGGUAAGUGUAAAACAUUUCAGAGGUAAAUUUCCAUACCGUACUUGCUUUGUGUUGUUGCCUUAUUUCAUUCGUACCUGCGAAAGUUUUAGCCCAUUCUUAACCCAAUAAAUAAUAUGUUUUAUACAAGCUGGUAUAUUUACAUGAAAUUGCAGUGAUUAUUGUUGUUCAUUUGGGACUGAUUAAUCGAGCGCAUAGUGUUUUUAUGUGUGUUUAUAAUGGUCGUUUACCUUCAGGCAACAAACGUGGUUUGACGAAAAUAUAACUAAAAAAGCUUCUGCCUAUAAAGCAAAGGUAUAACGAGGAUAUUAUACACGGCGGGGCAAAGAUAUGACUUUUAUCUUCGAGUGGUGAAAACAAUAUUUUACGAACGAGCGCAGCGAGUGAGUAAAAUAUUGUUUUUAACACGAGAAGAUAAAAGUCAUAUCUUCAAGCCACCGUGUAAUGUUCUGUUUAUUAUAUAGUUCCAACCAAAAAAUUGUGAAAUUUCACGCUCAAAAGCAAAUUGGAAAAAGUCACGUGAUCGAUAUCUUCACUAUAGUGAAGAUAUGGAAAAUAUCUCACCGUGUAUAUUUCAGUAUCUCACUAUCUACUGUAUACAGCUAUUUCAAUUAAGGUUUUCCCCGAGGACAGCGGAAAAGUCAAAUACGAGCGCGAAAGGCUGCUGGGGAUUAGCGAUUCCCAGCAAGCCUUUCGCGCUCGUAUUCGACUUUUCCGCUUUGCUCGGGUCAACCUUAAUUGAAAUGGCUGUAUGCAGUCGGCAAAACGAGUUUUUCAGUUUCCCCUACACAAAGUUGCGAAACGUUUUACCGUAUUUAUUUUACAUUGACUUUAGCCUAUUGAAAGCCAAAAUACAUAAAACUACAUUCUAGAUUAUGAAAAUCAAUGAUGAUUUAGUUAAAAAAAUUUAAUAUUUUCCUAUAUAGUGUUAUUUUCACGUUACCACGGCAACUAUUACUGUUUUUAAUCAUCAAAGACUUGUUGUUGGAAUUUCUGUACUUCAUAGUAUAAAUUUAAUUUUAUUGAGGAUCAAAAGAACUCAUGAGUCAUGGUUACAGGAAACGUUAUAAUUUGACUGCCAUGCGGGAUAAGGCAUCACCUGAAGUAUUAUUUUAUAUUUUUAGCAACAGUUCCUACAACUCAAGGCCAAGUGGUGACGUCGACUACUCCAUAUAAUUUUAACAUGGGUAUCAACACUACCGUCACUAUCCGUCUCAACACUCAAUUCAACUCGCAGUACUCUAAUAAAUCAAGUUCCGUCUACAAAUCCUUCGCAAACGACGUAACAACUGGUCUUGCAUUUGCUUAUAAGGAUAUAACGGGUUAUGAAGGAGUUUUCGUAGUGGAAUUAACAUGUCAGCAAAAGGUUGCAGUCAAACAUACAGUCGUCACCAGCUCAGCACCCAAUGUUAAGGUUAUGGAAGCACGCUUGAUUUUGGCGAACAUAACAAAUGGAUACCUCAAGGGAAAAGUGGUUGAAGCAAACAAAGCAUGUGUAGAUGCAAAUGGUAAUAGUGAUUCUGGUGAUGAACACACAGAUAGUUCUAACUGGGUCUACAUGAUUGUAUUUGUUUGCAUUACUGCACUCCUUUUGCUUGCAAUGGUAUGUAGUAUAUAUGUACAUUUCGAUUUAUAUUCUAUGUUUUCCUUGUUUGACCUACAAUUGUUUUAAGACGUGCAGUGAGAGAUGCCUAGCGACCUAUAAUUUUGAAAAUCUCUGAUCCCUUCCCUCUCCAUGCAGCCCCUGUUCAAUAUUGGGUAGCAGUUAAAUCUCACUUUGGUUUGCUACUAUAUGUCUGGAUUGAGUAAACAAUAUUGGUUGUGGGAGAGGGUGAUGAAAAUAAUUUCUAUAUGUAUCCACUGAUGAUUUAACACCACAAGUGUCCCAAUAACCUUUGGAAAUGAUUUAAUCCAAGAGCCGGGCUGGGUCGCUUUGCGGAGCCAAGUUGCUAUUUGUUCGACCACAAUCAGAAACUGCACAGAAAAAUUGCCAUGUCGCCAAACAUUCAUUAUGGCCGUGUCGCUGAAAACGUAGUCACAUAAUUGCUAGAAUAUUGUGUUACAUUCACCUGUAUUUGAAACACUGUGUGUCUUAUGCCUGAAGAUUGAAGAUAUUAAACGAAAACGUGCCCAAGUCACAUCCAAACUAACACAUAAACUGAUAAGUACACCUUGUAUAGUAGAAGUAAAUGAAUUUAUUUCUUAAUUUAAUUAAGAUAAUAUUCUAGCAGUUAUUUAGCAAUUAUUUGACGAAUUGGAUUCUAGCAGUUAUAUUUAGCAAUUAUUUGACAAAUUGGGCUUUGUUCAGGUGUCGACCUUUCUGAUAUUGAAGUAGUGUCCACGCCUAAAUGUUUUGGACAACUUUUGCUCUGAACAUGAAUUCUUACAUCAGGUACACACGUAUAACGUGAUACUGCUGUAAUACAUUACAAAGUUGCCUGAGGUUUUAUGGCCUAUCGUGGACCGUUUUCAUCCUGGGUAUAUGUAUUUCCAAAACGUAUACAUUUAGUAUCAGGAGAAGAAUUGAAUCGAGGAACCAUGUUUAUUUUUGGUUAGGGACGGACCAUUAGAAAAGAGUGAAGGCGGGGGAAGGGCAAUGAGAAAGAACAGAGUGAAUCCAUUACGUACCCCCAAAAAUACCCGCCACAUGUGGAAUACGUGAUAUCUCAAAAAGGUUUACUCAGUAACAUUUCAGUGAAACUAUUACUCAUCUUUCCUUGAUUUAGGUUUUGUGUCAUCAAAGCAAGUAACCAACGAGAAUAAUGCAACUGUCCCACUGGGGUAUGAAGAAAAUAAAAUAUAGACGACGAAGACCAAGUAUAUACAUAUAUAUAUAUAUAUAUAUAUAUAUAUAUAUAUAUAUAUAUAUAUAUAUAUAUAUAUAUAUAUAUAUAUAUAUAUAUAUAUAUAUAUAUAUAAUUCUACGCAAUUGUGAAUAUAUUCUCUUUGCCUAUUGCUUAGUCAAACAAGCAGGGACGCCGGAACGAUGUUAAGGCAAGGGGGGCAGAUUUUCGCGAAAGGGCACUUUUGAAUUGAUAUAUACUAAGAGAUGUUUGCAAAACAUCGGGAGUUGAACUUCACCUAAUCAUGUUUUCUAUUUAUAUAUUAGAUGAUAGGGGUGUGAGGGGGUUCUCCGCCAGACGAUUGUGCUAUUUUUGAAGCUCGAUGACUGCAUUUCUUGCGUUUUCUGAAGUAAAUUCGUAAACGUAUUGCACUAACAUUUCUGACAAUUCGCUAUUUCGCCAAGGCACUCUUUUAAAUUGAAAGGGCACCUUUGCCCCCCUUGCCCAUCCAGGUAAAGGGCAACGGGGGCGGAUGCCCCUCCUGCCCCCCCCCCAGUUCCAGCGUCCCUGCAAACAAGACAGUAUACCUCAAAUAAUGAAUAUAUAUCGUGCUCAAUGAAGAUUUUAAACGUUUUACUGAGAAUUUCAGCAAGGAACUUGAACUGUGAAACAGUGGGGAACUUUAAUCGAUUGUCCUUUUUUAUUGAUAAAUCGAAGUUUAAUUUAUGUAAAUAUGUUACCUUAUAUUCGGCCUACAAUAUAUAUAAUAUAGUGCUAACCCCAGCUAAUCUCAGCAAAAUUUCAUGCGGGUCAAUCAGACGUCGCCAAUCCCAAAAUGUCGGUUUCAUGACGUUUAGCUAAGAAUGUAGUUUAGUUUGCUUUGCGUGCUUCGUAAAUAGGAUAUUAACAUUAAGCUUUCAUCCACUUUUACAUAAAUGAUGUAAGUUUUGCUGCUAGACAUAAGGCUAAUUUAUCUGUAGCCUGCGUAGCAGGCGUUUAGUGCGGGCGGGAGUAGCGAGUACGAAACUAGAAAGUAACAAGACGCCUGCUACAGAGCCUUAAACUAAACGCAAAGGUACUUUUAAGGUAUGCUUACCGAUGAAGUUAUGUUUACUAUGCCAUUAUAUUUGGCAUGUUAAAGAUUGGAAAAGCGGGAAACUACAGAGUAAUCACUUCAGCUAGUGACUCAAAACAUAUGACGAGAUAAUAACCAGACUAUUUUAUUAUAACAUAAAAAUAAAAGUAGACAGCAACAGAUAAUAUCUCUAGUGCUUUAAUCACAGUUUAGCCUAUAAUAUCAGAUGAACAGUGUAACUACAUGUAUCUCUAAAUAUAGUUUUUGCUUGGAUUACAGAAAGUCCUGUCAUACUCAUCAUUACUUACUCCCUGGGGCACCUGUGCUCAGGCGAGUAUAGGUUUCGGCACGCAUUUUUUGUGGAUCGGCAAUAGUGGAUCUCCAAUCGUCGUUGAUAGCCACAAAAUAGAAUAUUAAUGAGCUGCCUAAUUUUUACCCAAAUUAUAUCCAUAAGGCUCCUGCCAAUUUUUACUCAAAUUGUUUUUUACUAAAAAAAACUAAAAAAGUCAAAGCUGCUAUUUAUUUGAAGCAGAAUGAAUAGUUUACGUUCCUUUAAAACUGCUUUUUGUACAAUGAUUACCAAUUCUUAAAAGAAGAAACAUGGAAAAGACCCAAGAGUUUCAAGAUUCCUCGGAGUAGCGUCCGACUUAUCUGUUGUUGGAGAAAUCGUGCAGUGUAAGGACAAAGUAAUUCCACCUCUUAGCAGUCGAAGAAGAUUUAUCGAGAACUGAAGCACGCACGCUGAAACUCUUCAAGAAAAGAUUUAGUAUCCUGGAAUUGCUAAACUCUGCAAAGAAGCUGUACAGAAUUGUCAAAGCUGUCAAGUCACUCACGAUCGCACCUAUGACGAGCCUCUUCAAUCAACACCAUUUCCACCAGGUCCUUGGCAUACAAUCUCUGUGGAUUUCAAGUGACCGUUCAAAGAUGGAACCUACGCCCUGAUCGGAUAUGAUCUUUACAGCCGUUAUCCUGUUGUAAGCUACUGCAGCUCUACAGCGUUCUCGUGUGUGAAACCGAUCAUUGAUUCGUGGUUUUCAACAUUUGGUACAUUGAAGGAGCUGAAAUCAGAUCGAGGACCUCCAUUCAACGGACAUGAAUUCAGUGCAUACGCUCACGAGAGAGGAUUCAUUCACAAACCGAUGAAACCUAGACAUCCGAGAGGAAACUGUGAAACUGAGAAAUUCAUGCAGAACGUGGGAGAUGGGGAGAAUUGCAACACAAGAAAGGAAGAAAUAUCACUGUCUCAUUGAAGGAAUGUUAAAUGCUUACCGUGCCUAACCGCAUCCUGCUACAGGGAAAAGUCCAUUCGAGCUCAUGUUUGGGAGAAAAAUGCGACUUGGAGUAUUGCCAGAUAACUCAGAAACACCUUAAUGUGAUAGCCAUCCUGAAGUCAGACAAAAUGAUGCCUAAAUGGUACCACGACAAGCGCAGAAACGUGAGAAUGUCAGGAAUUGCUGUUGGAGACAGGAUUAUCUUGAAAAACAAACGGACAGAUCCACUUAGCCCGAUUCCUGGUAAAGUGAUCAAGACACGUGGAAACGCCGUGACAGCCCGAUUUGAUGACGGGAAAGUUUUUAUGCGAGAUAAGUCACAUCAGUUCAAGAUUUUACGAGAGAGAUCUUGCGUCGAGAGACGAGAAAGAGUGCGAUGA